GGCCAGGCGCGGGGCUACGGCGAUGGCCACCACGGGGGCCCUGGGCAACUACUACGUGGACUCCUUCCUGCUGGGCACGGACGCGGCGGAGGAGCUGAGCGCCGCCGGCCGCUACGCGCCGGGGCCUCUGGGCCAGCCCCCACGGCAGGCGCCCGCGCUGGCCGAGCACCCCGACUUCAGCCCUUGCAGCUUCCAGUCCAAGGCGGCGGUGUUCGGCGCCUCGUGGAACCCGGUGCACGCGGCGGGCGCCAACGCCGUGCCCGCGGCCGUGUACCACCACCACCACCACCCCUACGUCCACCCCCAGGCGCCCGUGGCCGCUGCGGCGCCGGACGGCAGGUACAUGCGCUCCUGGCUGGAGCCCACGCCCGGCGCGCUCUCCUUCGCGGGCUUGCCCUCCAGCCGGCCUUACGGCAUUAAACCUGAACCGCUGUCGGCCAGAAGGGGUGACUGUCCCACGCUUGACACCCACACUUUGUCCCUGACUGACUAUGCUUGUGGUUCUCCUCCAGUUGAUAGAGAAAAACAAUCCAGCGAAGGCGCCUUCUCCGAAAACAAUGCUGAGAAUGAGAGCGGCGGAGACAAGCCCCCCCUCGACCCCAAUAAUCCGGCGGCCAACUGGCUUCACGCGCGCUCCACGCGGAAGAAGCGCUGCCCCUACACCAAGCACCAGACGCUGGAACUGGAGAAAGAGUUCCUGUUCAACAUGUACCUCACCAGGGACCGAAGGUACGAGGUGGCCCGACUGCUCAACCUCACCGAGAGGCAGGUCAAGAUCUGGUUCCAGAACCGCAGGAUGAAAAUGAAGAAAAUCAACAAAGACAGAGCAAAAGACGAGUGAUGCGAGGCGGGUUGAGUUAGCAAACAGAGCAAGCUAGAGAGAAAGCGAAAGGACGGGCUGUCCCCUUCCUCUGGCCGCCCAUCCCAGCCAAAGGCCCUGGCACAACGCUGCUCUAACCCCCCAGGUCUCCCCCAAAUCCUGCUCAGGCUGGCUCCUAGGCUUUCGGCUUUGAUGGAGGAGGUAUUGUAUGCUUUCCACUUUCUGUCAGGAAAAUAAAAUUUAAAAAAAAAAGAGGGCAUUAAUGCUGAUGGCUGUGCGUGCUAGCUUGUAUAUAUUAAAAAAAAUCUACCUGCUCCUGACUUAAAACAAAAGAAAAAAAACUACCUUUUUAUAAUGCACAACUGUUGAUGGCGGGCUGUAGAGUUUUAGUUAUGUAGUUAAUUUAAUUUGCUCUUUGUUGGGGCAGAUCCCUCUGCUCCUAUACUUGAACACUGUGCUUUAUUGUGGUAAUUAUGUUUUGUGACUCAAACUUCUGUGCUGGGUGAGGUACCCGUUGUUGUGUUUGUGGAAGCUAGAAUUCAAUUUAAACUCAGGUUGUUUGGGGUGGGAGGGGAACAGUUGCAUAGAGUAUAGCUCUGUAGUGGGAUGUCUUUCUGUAUAACUAGGCUGUUAACCUAUGAUUGUAAACUAGCGAUAAGGAUUUUCCAGUGAAAUAAAAUUUGAAAAAAAAAAAGGGGGGGUUAGUUCUCCAGGAAGCAUAGAUUCCUCUUUCGAAAUGGAGACAUUUUGGGCUCUAAUGCUACAUAGUUCUGUCUUGUCCAUUGUAUAUAUAAUCUAUAUAUCAAGAAAAAAUUUUCAUAAUCAGAUAAGCUUGAAUAUUGUUGUUGUUUUGGGUGUUGUUUUUUUUUUUUGCACCAGAGGAACAGCGAGGAAAUUCGGAGCUAUACAUAUGUGCAGAAGGUUACUACCUAUGGUUUACUUAAUUUUUAAUUGGGGAAAAAAUGAAUGAUUAUUGUAAUGGAGUUAAUUUUAUUGAUAAUAAAUUAUACACCAUAAACCGCCACUGAGCUGCUGUACAUUUGUAUCCUUGAUGAAUUUUGAGUUUCCAUCGGGCUGAACAUACACUGUAUAUUUUGCAAUAAUUACCUCAAGGCCUACUGACCAAAUUGUUGUGUUGAGAUAUUUAACUUUUUGCCAAAUAAAAUA